AUGGAUACCGAUUUGGUACGGAAAUCUAACAGACUGAAUCCGAAACCAGUUCUAAGGCCGAAGUCAUUAAAGCCUUCGUAUGAAAAUGUAUUGAAGCUACUAGAACCCGGAUGUUCAAUUUCUGACUUAGCUCCCAUCAAAGCAAGUACCCUAAUUCGCCAGGAUGAUCCAGGAAAAUCAGAUAUGGAGUCCAACACACAGUUUACCUAUAACCCAAACUCCAUGAGAGGUCCACCUAUGUGGAAUUACCUGUGGAAGGAGUGCAGGGCCCGGGGGCAGUCCCCUAUAGACAUCAGCACACAGAGAGUGCUAUACAAGAGGGGAUACAAGAUUAACUAUAACUUGGAGAACAUUCGGACUAGUGGCAUGUUCGUCAAUAACGGCCAUUCCUGUGCCUUUUAUCCAGACAAGAAGCUACGUGUACUUUACGGUGUUCCCCACUCCGAGAGGGACAUGUACGUGUUCGAUCAGAUUCACUUCCAUUUCGGAAAUGACCUCGAACACGGCUCAGAACACUCCAUGGACGGAAGAUUCUUUCCCAUUGAACUUCACAUGGUCCACUAUAACUCCAAAUACGGCGACGCGAAGAACGCAUCUAAAUACGUGGAUGGAACCGUAGCUCUCUCGGUUUUGUUCGAGGUCGGACACAACGGACCGAGUGAGGUUGACAAGUUCAUUCAAACCUACGUCCCUCGGAUCAAAAAACCGAAAUAUGAUGGUGUUCAAGCUGUUAUUGACCUGUCCGGUGUACUGCCAUACAAUAGAGACUUUUUCACAUACUACGGCUCCAAAACAACACCACCCUGCGAACGUAACACCCGAUGGAUAAUCUUUAGACAGCACAGGACCAUCACAAGAAAGUCACAUCGGCUUCUAUUCCUCCUGAUGAACAAAGAGGGAGAGAGGAUCUCUCGAUACGGGAAUUUCCGACCCGUCCAGGACAUCUCCUGUAGGCUUGUGGAGGCUAACUUUUAAACCAAGCGUCCUACAAAGUACAGUGGGGCUUCAGUUGUGUUUCCUGGUACACCAAAGGCCAACAGCGAACGCCACAAUGCAGGAUUGAUAUAAAUAAAACCACGUGUUGAUAACA